CGGCCUCGACUGGGCCCGGGAACUGCUCCCCUGAGACUGCACAGUCCUCGCCGAGCAACCCAGGCCAGAAGGAAAGGUGGAGAGAGAAGGAAGUCCGGGAAGCGCCGCUGGGCCGCCCCUCAUCCCACCCCACCCCACCCCGCCACCCGCUCCCACCCUCUCCCCGCCCCCAGGCCCGCCGGGCCCGCGCCCUCCUCCCGCGGGAGAUGGUCCGGGCCAAGUGGGCGCGUCCGGCCCGGGUCGCCGGGAUCUGGUGUCGGCUGCAGCUGGCAGUGCGGCGGACGCGGGCAGCGGCGCAGCCGCCUGCCGAGCCGGCUAUUAAUAACGCUCCGGGUGAGCCCGGGGUCGGGCAGUCAUGGCCAGUCCGGAGCCCCUGCGCGGCGGGGACGGCGCCCGGGCUGCGAGGGAAACGGGUACAGAGGCCAGUUUUCCUCUCCAGGACUCCGAAUCCCCCAAGGAGGCCAUGACUUUCAGCCCAGAGGCCACUCUAUCUCUGGAGGGAACUGUGAACCUAGAAGACAUUCUCUAUCUGGGGGACUCAGUGGACUUUGAAGAGAGUCUCUGCGUGGGAGAACCUGAGAAGCCAGAGGAGACACUAUUUAUCAAAGAAUCGAGGCAGGCAGAGGAGGCUCUGGACCUGGAAGAGCCCGUGAGUCCAGAGGAGACCCUGCUUGGGGAGGAACCUGUGAGGCCAGAUGAGGAACGAUUUUCAGAGGCGCCUGUGGAGCCCGCUAAGAGCCCAAGCCCAGAGCAGGCUGCUUGUGGGGGAGAGAUGGUGGCGGCGGAGGAAAGCCUUCCGGCUCCGCUGAGUGCCAGCACUGAGGAGGGCCUCAGCACCGAGGACCUGGAGUUGCUGGAAGGCCGUUUCCAGCAAUGUGUGCAAGCUGUCUCGCAGUUGGAAGAGGAGAGGGACCGGCUUAUCCACGAGCUGGUGCUGCUCCGGGAACCAGCCCUGCAGGAGGUGCAGCACGUCCACCAGGACAUCCUGGCUGCCUACAAGCUGCAUGCACAGGCCGAGCUGGAGCGGGAUGGGCUCAGGGAAGAGAUCCGGAUGGUGAAACAGAAGCUUUUUAAGGUGACCAAGGAAUGUGUGGCCUACCAAUACCAGCUGGAGUGCCGCCAGCAGGAGGUGGCUCAGUUUGCCGACUGCAGGGAAGCCCUGACCACUCGGGCAGCCCAGCUCUCCGGAGAACUGACCCAGCUCCGAGAUGCCUAUCAGAAACAGAAGGAGCAGUUACAGGAGCAGCUAGAGGCACCCCCAGCCCAGAGCGAUGGGCACUUUCUCCAGGAGAGUCGGCGCCUGUCGACACAGUUUGAAAAUCUCAUGGCAGAGAGCCGCCAGGGCCUGGAAGAGGAGUAUGAGCCCCAGCUGCUGCGGCUCCUGGAGAGGAAAGAGGCAGGGACCAAAGCCCUACAGGACACCCAAGCAGAGAUCCAAAAGAUGAAGGAGGCCCUGAGACCCCUGCAAGCAGAGGCCCGGCAGCUCCACCUUCAGAACAGGAACCUGGAGGACCAGAUCACACUCGCGAGGCAAAAACGUGAUGAAGAGGUUCAACAGUACAGGGAGCAGCUGGAGGAGAUGGAGGAGAGGCAGAGACAGUUACGAAGUGGAGUCCAAGUCCAGCAACAGAAGAACAAAGAGAUGGAGCAGCUGAGGACCAGCCUUGCUGAAGAGCUUUCAACAUAUAAGGAUUGUUUAGAAAUGUAUGGCCGGAUCUAUAACCCAGAAACAACAAAGCAUUUAUAUCAAAGCAUCACUAGGGAUGGACUUUUCCCCAAACAGGAAAGAGUGCCAGCAUCUGGCAAGUAAUUCACCCUGUGAAAAUUAUAAACAUUGUUUAUCUUGCCCACAAAGAUUUUAGGGUUGGCUGGAAGCAGGAUACCAGUCAACUUUCAUCUGGAUUCUUUUCUGUAGGCUGUUAGUACUGAUCUUGAUGCACUGUGGAUGGACAAACGAGCCCGUUAUCUUUCAGCAGAACACUGGGUAAUGGAGUAUCAUUAUCACAUCUUGCAGCAUUGUGAAGGUUAUUUAUUGCUCUGUGCUGACCCAAACCAAGAACGUUUAAGGAAAAAGUUGGGGUCAAAAGGCAGCCAGUCUUUGCUCUAUGGACCCACAGCUUCAAUACCUUUGAGGUAUGGGGAUUAGGUUUCAAAUGACUCCUUUCACAAAGCCAUUUUUUCCCUUAACACCUGCACUUACAUAAUUUACUCUCAAAAGUGUCAAGAUAGCUAUUUUGUUCUUUUUCUUUUCUUUUGACAUAGGGCCUCACUUAUAGCCC